CUUCGACGAAAAUUCAAUUAUGAUCUAUCCCAUUUUUCCAGGAUGGGCUGAAAACAUCAAGCACAUUGACUGGCCCAAUGAACUUUCUGAGCCAGACAAGAUGCUGAUCGGGAGGAUCUACCGCCCCAUAAUGCCGACGACCUUGAGUGGGCGUUUCAGGACCCAGGAAUCUAGGGAGUGGUACAAACCGGCGGGAAAGAAUGUGAAGAACGUCCUGCUUCAAAAUCCAUUUGAGAAGCAUCUAGAAUUAACCAUUGGGAUCACGCACUUCGAUCUGGCCCGUGACCAAAACAUGCAUCUCAAGGCAUACGCGGACGCCAUUGAGCCAACGAGCUUCAACCUCCAUAUUGAUUCAAUGGACGGCACCACCCAGUACUCGGCUGCAGCCGAUGUCAUGGUGACUGAACGAUACAAUCCCACACUGCAGACUGGCUCCUACACUACGAGCCAGGAACAUAAAAGUGGCAAUAUGUAUAGUACGCGCAUCAACUUUGCAACCCCCUUCAAGAAGCAACCGAGACUGGUUGUCUGGCUCCAGGCCUUCGAAUUUGGUCCAGACGGCGACUACAACCUCUUUGCAUAUGCAAAGGAUAUCAAAACGACCGGAUUUUGUCUGCGCAUUGAAACUUGGGACAACGCUAAACUAAAGAGCGCUCAAGCCUCAUGGAUUGCCUAUGAAGAAGACCCCCCUGGCUUCCAUUCUAGCCGCGUCACAUUUUAUAACUUUGAGCAAGGCCACGGAGAUGACAAGCGUCAUCGGAUUGAAAAUGAAGAGCUUGGUGAGUGGCAACUUAGAACGGUAUAUGCUGCUAUCUCCAAAUUCAGUUUUGCCUCUCCGCGCAACAUCCGGUUUUCCCUGGAAACCAGGCACAAGGGAAAUUCUGCCUUCGAGAUUGACGCAAAGACUUGGGCGGACAGUGUUUGUCGUGAGAUAGAGGUCUCUUAUUUGGCGGAUUGUAUCUAAAUUAGCAGAUAAUGAUAGGUGCAACACAAGCC